AUGAGUUCAGACAUCUUUAUUGAAUUCGAAUAAAGUUACAAUGUCGAUCAACAUUAGGGAUGCUAAAAUAAUAGUCAUAUAGAGGAUUCUAAUAGGAAAGGAAGUGGUGGACCAGCUAGAUUUACUAUAAAAAUUGAUCCUUUUGAGGAAGGAGAUACUCCUAUAUAAGCACCUUCAAUUGGAAGUUAAAUCAUAGAAAACCCAUUGUCUUCAAGAUAAGAAAAAGCUUCAGAACUUUAAAAAUUGCAGAUUUCACCACAUGAUUUAGUAAUUGAGGAAAAUCCAUUGGUUCUAACAUCAAAAUUAGAAAUUAAUAGGGAAUCAAAUGAUUCAAAGCUACAGAAUUAAACAGCUUAAAUAAAUGGUUCUUAAUAGAUUAAUAAUUUCUUAAAAUUAGUCAUUGCAAAAAGCUCAUUUAACAGAUUCGUAGAUAAUUUAUUACAAAAAUCUUAUGUGAAGAAAUCUCAUCAUUUUAGUGAUUACUAAAAAAGUUUAAUGGAUGAUCUUAGAUAUUUAUAUUAACAUAAGAGAGUCAAAAAAAAUUGGUUAUAAAAUAUAUGUAAACGUCUCAAAUUUUUUCCGAUAUUAGAUCAAAGUAGCAACCUUGUAAUCGGAUGGCAAAUACUGCAUAUUUUAACUACAAUAAUUGUAUUUUUUUGGACUCCUUUUAACAUAUCAUUUGGUGUUACCUAUUAAUAGAUAGUAUUUGGGGAAAUGACAGUAAAAAGUGUUGAAAAGUGUUUUCUAUUUAGUAUACUGAUUGAUAGUCUUAUUGUGAUUAAUACUUCAUUUAUAGAGAAAGGAGUAAUUAUAAGGUCAAGAAGGAAGAUUUUUAUAAAUUAUUUAAAUAGUUAAGGAAUUUAUGAUAUGGUAUUUAAUAGUAAUUUAUAAAAGUUGUCAUUCAUAGCUCUUCUUGUUGGGAUUGAGAAUGAAAUAGAUAGAUCUCAUGAUAAAUUAGGAUGGUAAAUAUGUCCAUAUUUAAUAUUUUAUUGUAGUAGAUAAUUUAAACUUUAAGAUAGAGUUCGUAAAUUAGAAGAGUAAAUUAUAAUAUGAUAUUUAAAUUAGAUUCUUUAAUUUUACUGGUUUAUAUUAAGAUUUCAUAGAAUUGAUUAAAUUAUUAUUCAUGGUCAUAUAUGUAGGUCAUUUAUUUGCUUGUUUAUGGCAUGGUGUUGCAUUUUAUUAAUAAGGUCAUCGUUAAACAUGGAUAGAUACAUAUGUAUAAGAUGAUGAAAUGUUUUAAAAAUAUAAUUAUGCAAUUUAUUGGGCAGUCUAAACAAUGAUUACAGUUGGAUACGGUGAUUUGACACCAUAAAAUUAAGCAGAAAGAGUUUGUGCAAAUUUUAGUAUGUUUUUGGCUUGUGGUGUUUUUGCAUUUUCUUUUAAUUCAAUAGGUUUGAUGCUUACAAAUCUAAAUUCUAGAUAGGUUCUAUAUAAGAAGAGUGUUAAUUUAUUAAAUUAAUAUUUAAUAAAAAAUCAAAUUAAGAUAGAAUUAUAAUAACGUAUACGAAAUUAUUAUGAUUAUAUAUUUGCAGAAGAAUAGGAAAUUAAUGAUGAAGAAGUUUCAUAGAUUAAAUCAAAAUUAUCAAAUAGUUUAUUGGAGGAAUUGAAUUUUGAGAUUAGACAUAAUGUAAUGAGAAUGAAUACAUUAUUGGCUAAAUUCUCAUAGAAAACUUUAAAAUUAUUAUCUUUAGUUAUUGAAGAAGUAAGAUAUUCACCUGAAGAUUAAAUUAUAAUAUAAGAUACUUGUGAUGAUGCUGCAAUGUAUAUGAUAACUAAAGGAACUAUUUGCAUUUAAUUUUAAGAUAUAAACGAAGGGAGUAAUUGUAGAGAAUUUUCUUAUUUAAGCAAAGGAGAUUCUUUUGGAGAAUAUGCAUUUUUUACAGGAAUGCCUAGAACUGCAUCUGCAAAGAGUGUAGGUUUUUCAAGAGCAUACAAAAUUUCAAGGAUUUAAUUAUUAAAUGUUUUGGCAUAAUGUCCAUUAGAUAUGGUAUUUUUAUAGAGAAUUUAAGAUAGGAAAGAUUUUGUGAAGUUAGAGAUAGUAUACUUGAAAGUAAUAAUUAUUAACCAGCAAAGUUGAGUUGUUAUUCAUGUAACAAAUUCACUCAUCUCAUCAAAGAUUGUCCAGUAUUACAUUAUGUUGCUGAUUAAGAGAAAAUACUAAAGAAAGCCAAUUAUCCAUUUCUAUAAGAAAGAAAUUAUAAAUAUUAAAGAAAAAAGUUAUGUAGAAAAAAGUAUCAUACUCUUAAAGAAUCUAAAUAAAAUCUUAAUAUAGUUAAAGAAUUCCAAUCAAAUUAUGCAUUUGAUAAUGUAUCUUGUAUUGAUGAAGAAUUAGAAGACUCACAAAGUGAAUUAGCUGUAUCUCCUUAAGAAUAUUGUAAUAACAAUUAUUAAUAUUAGCAUCCUAAACUAAGAGUCUCUCUAAAUUAUCAAGACAAUAAUCUUAAAAUAGAAGUCUAUCAUAAGAUAAUCAUCUUCAACCUAUUUAAGAAAGUGAUAGUUCAAAAGAUAGUGGAGGUUUAUAAAAUCCAAGAGUCAAAUAAACCAAGUAAACUAUAUAAACUGCUGGAUUUUGUGUUACAGAUUCAAUUCAUAAUAAAUUAGCAUCUAUAAAAGAAGAAUAAUUAACUGAUUCACUUUAAGAUAGAUAAUAAUAAUCAUCUGUUAAUAUUUCUAUAUCUAAUUUACAGAAAUAUGAAGAUUUCAAAUUUUCAUUAAAAAAUGAUCAACAUUUAUUAACAAACAAUGAUAAUCAGCGUUAAUCCAAUUAAAAAACAGGUUUAACAAAGAAAUUAAAAAAAGAUGAUUCAUUAAAACAUAUUUAAUCUCAAACAUAAUUAGAUGUAAGAGAUAGAGGUUAAUCACUCUCUAAUCAAAUUAGGAAAUCAAGAUUAUCAAAGGAUAUCAGAGAAAUCUCAUAAGAAUUUUAAUUUGUUGAUAAAAGAGAUGUAUUCAAAAGGAAGAAUUCAAAAACUAAUCUUACAAAAACUACUAAAACUUUAAAGACUUUAAAGAUUUAGGAUAAUCCUUCACAAACUUAAAAUUAAGAAUUAUCUGCUCCUAUUUUUGAUACUUCAUGUCCUUCUUAAUCUAUGGAAUUGGAGAAUUUUGAAUAAAUGAAAAACUUUUAAUAUUAUUUUAGUUGGAAUAAUCCUAGUGUUGUUGUACCCAGAGCUUUGAGAAUAUUAAAGAUGAAUAUAGAUAAAAGAAGGAAUUUUGGGAAUAAUUUCUCAUUGUAUACUUUUAAUAAUUUGGCUAUGAAUAAAGCACUUAGAAUAAAAAGAAAAUUAAAAUUAAUGUAUUUUAAUUAUAAUUUCUAUUAGUGAUGAUCCAAUAUUUGAUGAUAUCAAUACUAAGAAAAGUAGAUAUGGAAAUAAAAUACCACGUUAAACAAGGAUUGGGAAUAAGAGAAAUACUUAAUAAUCAGAUAUAAUUGGUUUACAUCUUGAAAAACCAUCUCAUAUUACUGAGAUUUCCAUUCAAAAAUCAAAUUUUUAUGAAUUAAAAAAUAAUUGA